CCACCACUAAAGGCCACCUGUCCUCUUCCUCUACUUUCUUCACACUUCAGAACAUAUCCCUUCCGUUAACAAAACCCUAACCAAACAAAAUUGGAUCAUCAAAUUUCCAAUUUUUACCCAAUCUCCUCCCUCUCAAUUCUGAAUGGAGCCCUCAACCGAUCUCCAAGAUUGGGAGCUCCUCAACGAAUCAGACUCGGGCCCGAACCCUAAACCCAAACCCUGCGAACCCCUCGAUUCCGAUGAUGGCGCAAUCAACCCCGACUAUUUCUCCCUCAGCCCGAUCAAAUCUCGGCAAUCCGAAGACGAGAUCGAUGAGGGCGGCGUCGAUUCCGAUAACCCUAGCUGGCUCGACCCCGAUUCGGACUCGAGGUACCACUCGAUCAAGGAUUCCAGGAGCUUCUCGUCCGAUGAGUCGUCGGAGGAGCUAGGAUUUGAGAAGAAGGAGGCGGUGGGUGAUGGUGAACUGGGGAAAGAUGGGAGCUUGGACGGGAGUGGGGUUAGGGUUUGGUGGAGGAUGCCACUGGAGGUGCUGAAAGUUUGGGUUUUGAGGGCGAGGCCAGUUUGGUCAAUCUCGAUCGCGGCGGCGAUCAUUGGGGUUUUGAUGCUUGGGAGGAAGCUUUAUAAGAUGAAGCAGAAGGGAAGGAGUAUUCCGCUGAAGAUUGCCAUUGAUGACAAGAGGGCAUCUCAGUUCAUAGGCUCGCUGCUGCACGUUUCAAUGAAGCAUUCUCCCGUCAUGAAGCGUGCUCCGUUAAUAAGACCGUCUCUUCCAACAAGCAGCCUUGCUUCCUGGCCCAUGGCAUCCUUGAGAUGAGUUGAAAGUAUAAUGGAAGAUUGUUGCUUUUGUGGCUAGAGAAGAGCCCAUCACUCUCUUCUCUGUAUGCUCUUCUUUCUUGACGAAAGGGAGUAGUUAUCCUUACAUUACGAAGUGUUUGGGUUGUAUAAACUUGUAAUUGUUGUGAUUAUUACCCGUUUUAGACGUCUGAUGUGCUGUUGCGAUUGAUUAUGGUGCUUGAUAUGUAUCAUAUAUAGCUACAUCUCUGUGUGUAUAGUCUCUUAAAUAUAUGUUGUGUUCCUUGCGACUCUUUGCUUUUGAACUCAUCAAUUGUGGAGAAAAUUUUACCGGUUUGAA